AUGCCACAAGACAAUUCUCAACACCAACAACAAUAUUCAAAUAAUACUGGCAGUAACCGGGAUCACGGUCACACCACUUCAAACAGAUCGGAUCAAAAGAAACCUUUUCAAAGAACACUGAAAAGUAAUCCGUUCAGUAAUACAACACAUCAGGAGAGAAAGGAAGAAGAUGGUCAUCAAUUAAAACCAAGACAUACACAAGCAUAUGAACAAUUACAAGAAAAGUUUAAAAAUCCAGAUGAAGGCAAACAAAAAUUUAGGGAAAAGAAGAGAAAAGUAUGGGAAGAACGUAGAGGCAAUCAUUUUCAACCAUCUACUUCUGUUAUUUUGAAAGGUUUGUCAAAUCUUGCAAGUGAAGAUGAUAUUUCAAAUUUUGUUUUUCAAAUUCAUGGACUACAACCAACACGUGUCAGAAUUGUUCGUGAUAAAGCAACUGGACAAAGUAGAGGAUUUGGUUUUGUUGACUUUGCUACAUUAACCGAAAGUGAGCAAUUUAUGAAUUCUUCAAAUGGUGGAAUGUUUAUUGGAAAUGAUUAUGUAGAGUUGGAGUACAGUCACAAAACACCUCACUCGGAGGAAGGAAAAGAAAAUGAAAAAAGUUUCAAGGAUUGGUUUUGUGGUCAUUGCAAUACUAAAAAUUUUAUGCAUAGAACUAAUUGUUUCGGUUGUUCUAUUCCAAAAGACGAGUUGGCAAAAGAUGCCUCCGAUGUUAACGAAGAGGUCACACCAACUACAGAGCUUAUUGUGAGAGGUCUUAACCUUCUCACUAAUGAAACAACGUUAUUGAGUGUAUUUUCUACCUUUGCCCCAAUCAAGGCAUGUAGAAUUAUUAGAGAUAAGACGACCCAAAUAUCCAGACAGUUUGGUUUUGUGGAAUAUUUCUCUUUAGAGGAUGCCACAAACGCUCUAUCAAAAGUUUCUGAACUAUUUAUUGAUGGUGUUCGUGUUAACGUUGCCUAUGCCAAACGUCAACAGUCACAAGAAAAUGAAUCUGAACCAACAAUAGCCAGUUGGAAUUCCUUAUACAGUUAUACUGGCACAGAUCAAAAGCUAGAAGAAAAGCAAAAAAUAAUAGAGAGCUCCUCGGCAGAUACUAACCUUUCAAAACAGGAUAAAGCACUCGCAGAAAGUGGCUUUAUCUUUGAUUCAGACUCUGGUUACUAUUAUAAUAGUGAACUUAAUUAUUACUAUGAUAUCAAUACCGGAUACUACUAUGACUGUGCAGGAGGAUUCUGGAUGUAUUAUAAUGAGGAAGAUAAAACUUACGUUGCAUUCCCUGCUGAAGGAACCGAUGCAAGCGAACAAAACGACAAUUCUGAGGAAAAGAAUCCAACAACUGAAGGCAAAGUAAUUGGACCAUCUCUUCCUAAACCCCAAGAAGAGGAAAAGGAGCAAGUCAUUGAGGUUAUCAGUUCAGGAGGAUUUGUUCCUAACCCUGAAUUCAAUGAACAAUUAAAACAAUUGGAAAAGGAUAUUGAGCAGGCCACCUCACAACUCAAUAGAGAAAAUGGUAAAUCCCAACAAGGAGUAAAACGAAAGCGUGAUACAAAGCCAGUAAAUGCCAAGGAAUUGGAAAAGAAGGAAAUUGACGAUAACAAUGUCGGUAAGAAAAUGUUAGAAAAGCUUGGUUGGACAAAAGGUGAAGGAUUGGGUAAGAACAAGUCAGGUAUCACCACUCCAAUCAGUGCCAAACAAACAGAAAAAAAUACUGGUCUUGGCUUUGCAAAAUCCAACACUGGAGGAGGUCUCGGACAGGCAAAUAAGAAAAGAAAGGAGAGUUACCAAAAGGAAGGAAUGAAAGUUUUGCAAAAGAGGUUUAACGAGUUGGAAAAGCAAGAAUAA